CCCAGAACUCGCGCGUAGUUAGAAACCGUACACACAGCAGUGGCGGGAGUUGGCUGUUGUGAACUUGUUUUAACGCUUUAAAUCGUGUUAAAAUAAGUCUGUAUACGUGAAAAGACUUUAGGAGGAAAACGUAAAGAUGGAAGAGUUCGGUGUUUAUGCUGUUUUCGAUAUAAACGGUCCGCCUCAAAGGCUGCUGAGCUCGGACGGGUCGUGCAGAGUGUCUGUUGCUGUUCCCGCCUCUGUCCGGCAGGUGGUGCUGUUCAGCAGCGGACCGUGGGGGGACAGGAUCUGCGUCUGCGCAGAGCUGAAUGAUGCUGAUCGGAUCCCCAUCACUAUUGGAAAACUGACUCCUUAUAACAAAACACGGUGGCUCCCCUCACCGCCCGGGAGCUCAGCGGCAAGAGGAAGAGGGAGCAAUCGUCAGAAAGCGACGACGUCGGCGAGGCGGGAGAAGAGGAGAAUGUGUGUCCAAACGGAGGGAAGGACAAGGCCCCAGCUGCUGCGCGGAAGGUCAGAGGUCAAAGCAGCAGCAGACAGAAGCUGUUUGGUGACAGAGCCGAAUCCUCCAGGACAAAAACCGUUAGUGAAGCAGAGACACAGGAGCUGGUGGGGAAAACACCUCCUCAGAGUGCAUCCAGGACAAAGAGUCGUCAGUCCAGGACUCCCACACAGACUGCCCCUCUGAUCGAGCCGUCGGGACGCUGGGGUCAAACUCUGUGUCCCAUCGACGCUCAGACGGCCAUUUUAAUCGGAGGUCAGGGAGCCAGGAUGCAGUUCUGCAAGGAUCCGAUGUGGAAGCUCUGCACGGAGGACACGUCCUGGGUGGCGGCGGAGACUCUGGCUGAGGGUCCGACCCCCGAGGCCAGAAUUGGGCACACGGCCGUCUACGACCCCGACUCCGAGCGCAUCUUCGUGUUCGGGGGUUCCAAGAACAAGAAGUGGUUCAACGACGUCCACAUCCUGGACACGCAGAGCUGGAGGUGGAGCAUGGUGGAGGCUCAGGGGAAGGUGCCCCCCCUGGCCUACCACAGCUGCAGCAUGUUUCGGGGGGAACUCUUUGUGCUGGGCGGGGUGUUUCCUCGCCCCAACCCGGAGCCCGACGGCUGCAGCGACUCGUUGUACAUCUUCGACCCUCACCUCUCCAUCUGGUACCAACCCAUCGUCACGGGGGACAAACCGUCCCCCCGGUCAGGGCACUCUGCGUGUGUGAUUCAGGAGAGGUAUAUUUACGUGUUCGGGGGUUGGGACACGCCCGUCUGCUACAACGACAUGUACAUGUUGGACCUCGGUCUGAUGGAAUUCUCCGCUGUAAAAACUUGUGGAAAAGCUCCGUCUCCUCGAAGUUGGCAUGGCAGCGCCGUGCUGUCGGACACCAGGUUUCUGAUCCACGGCGGUUACAACGGAAACAACGCCCUCAGCGACACCUUCGUCUUCGAUACAGAGACGAGCAGCUGGACGGAGCUGACGCUGCCUCAGCUGUCCGUCCCCAGGGCGGGACACUCCAUCGUCAUCAUGGAAACGCCCGGCCGCCACCGUCCCUCAGAGGACAACGACGGGGACGAGGAGGUCCGCUCCGGGUCCGUCAGGAGAACUCUGCUGGUGUUCGGAGGCGGAGACAACGAGGGCAGGUUUUACUCGGACGUGACGAGCGUCCCUGUGGAGGAUCUGCUCCGUGCUCUUUAAAGAAGGAACAGUUUUAAUGUCUUUCUUCUUUUAUUGUUUUAUUUGAGUCUUUUUCCUCUCUCUUUGUUAAAUAUGCAUUAAAGUUUCACUUAUUUACAAUGUAGUUGUAGACUCAAAACAUCUUUUAAAGUAAAAAAAAACCUGCUGUUUAUAAAAAUAUUUUCCAUCACACGUGUGUCAUUUAGAGAAACAUCGAAGUUAAAACUUUCAAUUUAAAAGCAUGUACAUGUAAAACUUAUCAUCUCAGGUACAUAUUAGAUGUUUUAUUUUAUUGUUUUAUAACAGUGAUGCAUUUACAUAAAUAUAUAUUUUAUUAUGUUCAGAUACUGCUAAAGUAAUCCUAAUUGUUGCAUUUGGUUUCUGUUUAUGCUAAAUAAACAGUUGUUUCUGGA